CUAUCGUUUUUGGAGCGGCGACAACUUGUGGAGUACGUAGCCAUAAAAUGGCCCCAAGAUGGCAAUAUUUUGCCGUCUGGGGAGUGCUGUUCGCUGCUAUUGGAGUGGCCAGUGGAAUAGAUUGCAAGGCGGGAGAUGGGGCGACCUACCGAGGUACAGUCGCUGUGACCGAAACUGGCAAGACGUGUCAGCGCUGGGACAGUCAGACACCACACGCACACGACAAGACACCCGCUAACUACCCAUCAUCCGGGCUGGAAGAGAACUACUGCCGGAACCCGAGCGGGCACCACACGGUUUGGUGCUACACCACGGAUGCCAGCAAGAGAUGGGAGCAAUGUGACAUUCCAGCCUGUGAUGAGGAUGUGAAGGUUGUAGAUGCCGACCUGCCAUCAGUGGUCCAUGAGAACAGCUAUCAGGACUACCGCUACUGGGUGCAGGCCCUGCCCCGGGGGGUCACCCUCACACAGGGCAGGUACAAGGUGGGCUUCUACCUGUCACAGGACAGCAACAUCAACAGCACCACUGAUAAAAAGGUGUUUGAGGUGCCAGGUGUGGCCGUGGAGAACGUCUAUGCCAAGGGGAAAGGGUCGGACUUCCGGAUCGCCCCCGGUACGCUGAGUCAGCAGGACAGGGACAGGUACUGUGGGAGCACCUACCUGGGGCUGAUGCCGAGUCAUCUCAACGAUCUAGAUACUGGUGGAAAGGAUGGAGAUUCUGACAGGGCUACAUCUGAACCAGUUAUCCUACAGUGCACUGGCGAUUACUUGGCCAUCUAUGAUGGAACCGGGGUGGUCAGCCUGGGAACCAAUCAGGACUUUCUGUACGGAGACAUCGACGCCAACAUCACGCUGGACCUGCGGAUCAGGAACAUGCACUCCGACGACCUUCUCUCCACAGCGCCCGGGAGCGAGAACUUCAGGAUCGAGGUGUGGGUGGCGGAGAGACAGGACCCGCUGUCAAAUGCCAACACGAUGGUAGAAGUUACCAAGGAGGUGUUCUAUCCCGCGGAGGCGUACCAUCUCCUGGUGGCGGGAGACUCUGUCUGGCUGCGGAACGUGAUCGUAACUAUCGAUGCCAACAAGCUGACGGGAGCCUUGGCCAGGGACGUGGGGUCCGGCAAUCCCCCCAACUUCUUGAUGGUGAAGCUGAUUGCUGGGAACAACGUCAAUGAGGAAGUGAUUGGAAACAACUUCGUUGUGCACAAUCUGACAGGGAAGAUAGUGCCCAUCACACCUCCAGUUGAGAACAUUGACCUGGAAGUGCUGGGAUUCUGCAUCACUGACAUCAUCAGGUGUGACACGCCCUCCGCCAUCUCCAUCCAGGCCAGCAUCAGGGCAAAGGUCAAUGCCCCAAACAUACCCAAACUAACCUCCUACGGCCUGGAGAAAUCCUACGCAGUCAACAUCUACUUCUCACAUGACGACGUCUAUGAUCCGUUGGACGAUUUUGACUCGAAGCUCACUACAGCUGCACUAGGAAUACCUGCUGAAUAUGGGCAGGAGGCAGUACAUGGUAUUGACCAGCGCCUGACCGUAGUGACCCCCACGGACGUGCAGUACUGCGCGCGUGUGUACGCCAUCAUGGUGGUGCAGAUGGUAGAGUUGGUGGGUGAGGCCGUGCGACAGGAGCCGCUGCUCUACAACAACUUCGCAGCCUACCCAGUCGUGGUGCAGUGCAACUCAUAUGAUGUGUACGGCAUCAGCAACCUUGUCUUUAGCGCAACCAGAAUCUACCAGAACGUAGCCACGCCCGUGACUCUGACCUUCGACCUGGCCUGUACCCGAGUCGACUGCAACAUCAAUGUGCCCACCGACGCCCAGGACACCAACUACAACAUCUACAUCUACGCAGAGAACACCACCGAGCUGGCUGGACCUUACACAAGGUUCCUCCUGCAGAGGAUUGACUCCUUGGACUGGGCAGGGGAAGGGGGGAGAGUCUUGACACCCAAUCUGCAGGAGGACUUUACAUCUCCUUCAGGAGGAAAACUCUGCCAGAUGAAUGCUGACACUACAUCUGUGCACAUGACCCUCCAGUUCCCCCUGGAGAUUUCAUCCCAACUCUGUGACAGCUUCAAGUACGUCCGGCUUGCUGUGAAGACGGGGAGCAACCCCGCCCUGGGGGACCUGCCCUCCGUACCCCCCACGGGACUCCCCACCCCGGCCAGUUGGCGGCUGGACUAUCCCGUGGAUCAGCUGAUUGAAAACAACGAGCUUGUCGUGGAUGUGUCUUCUCUGGUCAAAUGUGUGGAUGAUAAAAUUGAUCUCCAUCUCAAGGUGAAUGAGGGGUUCAGGUUCUGGAGUGAGGAUGUAGUGGACCUGGGACAGUUCGCACCCUUCAGCAUGGUGGCAGAGCUGGAGUUUGGGACUGCCUUACAGGGAGCGAACUUCUCUACUGACGGCAGCCCCCACCUCACCUACAAGUUCUACAUAUCUCAUGACGAGGUCAUAGAUCCAUUGGUAGACAAAGAGGUGCCAUACAACAUGAGCGAGCUUCAGCGGUAUGAGACGGGCAAGGAGAUCAUCACCUCUCCCACUGAGUUCAGGCUCACUGAUCCAAUAGGUCUGCUGAUCCCUGUGCAUGGCUUUGUGGAGUACUGCGGUGAUGUGUACAUUGGUGUGCACUUGACAUCCGACCUUGAACCAAGUUCUGACGGUGACAACAACUAUGGCGUCAACAAAGUUUUCCUCAGGUGUCCCCAAGAUGUUCUGAAGAUUUCAGACUUGGUGAUCAGCAUGCCGCAGCCCACCCUGUGGUCAGAUGUCCCCACCAUGAUGACCAUGCAGGUGACAGUGUCCAACACUGGACAGAGGACCAUCCCACGGGCAGCGGAGGGACAGCAGAACUUCCAUUUCAAGUUCUACCUGUCCAGUGAUGGUAAGCUGAGUGAUGAUGACAUUGAGAUGCCCUUGUUCCUGAUGUAUUCCCCAUCCGACCUACAAGAGAUGAGGAAAGUGAUGCUCCCCCAACAGAAGGCCUACAUCAGGGAGACCUCCAUGUACUUUACUCUACCUGCGGAUAACUGUGGCCUGAGGAGCAAACUGCUUGUUCUUGUUGCACCAUCCAGUUCGGACUUUGUGGACCAGUUUCCAGCCAAUGACAUGGCCGUACACAGCCUCACUGUGGAGUGCUCACAUGAUAUUGUUGACAUAAGUGUCAGUGAGUGGAAGGUUCCAGGGAGGGGUGCAAAAAGCCCUGACUAUGUCGAAAGGGAUGUGGCAUUUGACCUUGUCAUUGAUGUGGCACUUGAGGGAGCAAAAACUGUGGUUGGAGACACCCUUAAGAUGAAGCUGUUCCUGUCCCGUGAUGGUCAGCUGGAUGACAAUGACCUGCUGUUAGUGGAGUACCCAGCUGAGGAGAGCUCCCCACACCCACUGGAGACUGACAUCUACCACUCAGCGCAGGUUGAUUUCAGCACAGCUGUGAACAACCAGCCCGACCUGCGAAUCCUGUCGGGAAGUGAGACCAGGCCGUUCUGCGGAAGGUCGUACUUUAUCGUACAGCUGGACACUGACAAUGUCUACGAUGAGACCGAUGAGGGAAACAACGUCGCUGUCGCUGAGUACUUGUUUAAGUGCAGUGGAGACAUGCUGGGACUGAGAGAUUUCACCUUCACCCCGCUCCAAAGCCCCGUCCCGCGGGACAUCACGACUUACGUGGUCCUCCAGGUCACGCUAGACUGUGUGGUAGAAUCCUUCUGUUCUCGGGUCCCAGACUCCACUCAGGAGGGCAAAAACAACGUGAAAUUUAUUCUGAAGUUCUCUGAGGAUAAGGAAGGCACAAGAACAGUGGACCUCACAGGAGGAGAAGUGGACGAAUCUUGGGAGGUUUCACCGCCACUAACAUCAGGCUUUGACAGUGUGGGCAGCAGGCAGUUCCGAUUGGCUGGCUGGGUGCGGUACAACGAUGACGGUGCAGACGCCUGUAACAAGUACCAGUACGCCACCCUGGAGGUUCAGCAGGGGGACAGCGAAAAAGCCGUCUAUCUGCUGGACUUGACGACAGAAAACAGCAUCUACAGUGUUCCCCUGACUGUGAGCUGUGAUGAUGCAAAGUUCAUUGACCUGCUGCCCAGCCUGCAGCUGAUGUCCCAGGAUGAGAUCGUGGACAUGUCCGAGGGCACGGCGACGGUCGACUUCCGACUGGACGUCACGGUCGUCCUCAACAACAUGGACGGCUUCUCCCAGAUCGAGGAGGAUAAGGAUGGCAGCCAUUUUGAGUUCCAGCUCUAUGUUUCAGCAAACAAAGAGAUCACACCUGAUGACACCCUGAUCCCCUAUGUGCUGUCAGAAGAUGCACUGAAGCAACUGAGAGAACAAAUGAAGUUUUCUGGAACAUUGCAUCUUGGAUCUGACGACCUCAUGUUUGACGUGAACGUCGUCAGGAGGUACUGUCACAACACGGAUCCCGCCUUCUUUGCUGCAAUCGUGGACACGAGGAGCGAGGGCUCGUACGAUGGAAAGAUCGGACAGGUGAAGGAGCGCGAUGAAACCAACAAUGUCCAAGUAGUGGUGGUCAACUUCAGGAAUUGUCCAGCUGCCAUGGAUGUAGCCGUGGACAAGUUCUCAGUCACAGAGUUCUCCAGCAUAGAACUUGGAGAAGACGUAUCUCUCUCCCUGAAGGUGUCCAUCAUCCUAGUGGGUACCAACAGCAGACUCCCUAACAUGGCCAGGGAUGUGGAGUUCAACAAUUAUGACAUCAGAUUUUACCUGUCUGAAGAUGAGCACAUCACUGAAGAAGAUCUACAACUGCCCUAUGAUGUAGACAGCAUCCACCAGUUGAAGGAGGGGAUCUCAGCUCCAUUGGUUGAACAUGAUGCUAAGGUCGUGACCUAUGACCUGAGUUCAGGCAUGAACAACAACCCCUCCGUCACUGUGCCCAUGAACCCUGACCUUUGUGGAAAAAUUGUUUACAUUGGAGUUGAAGUCGUGGCACUGACAUUCACAGAUGCAUACCUGAGGAACAACAAAGCUGUGCAAAGGGUCACAGUGUUGUGCACAGAGGAGAAGCUGGCACCUCACGAGGUGAAGUUUGACCUGAGUAACACCAAGGUGUGGCCAGGCCUGGACUAUCAGCUCGGCAUGGACUUCCUCCUGAUGAACCUGGGGUUCCAUACAGUGCCUGCUGGGGGAUCAGCCUACAGUAUCCGGGUGUUCCUGUCUGCUGACUCUGUGUUUGAUGAGAGCGAGGACAUGCCUUUGGUUGUCGACUUUGGCGACAGUUUGGGACAGACAAGUCUGGAAAUUCUGGCAAACCAACAAGUGGACUUCCAGGGACUCUCAGUUCCCAUCCGACUGGAGACCAGGGAGGCGUGUCUGGAAAUGUCCAACAUGCACGUGUUCCUACAGGUGGUGCCUGAUGAAAGCUACCUCCCCACGUACACAUCAUCCCUUACAGCAUUCCCUGUACCCACAGAGUGUGCUGAAGACCAUGUGGAUCUACAAAUAUCCCUGUUUGAGGCCUCCGUGGAUGUCAUCUCCACUGACCAACCGUUUGAGUACGCGCUGGACGUGCGUAUCCUGGUGUCCAGUCUGGCCAGCCUGUCCAAGGUGGGACAGAAGUACGGCAUCACUUUCUACCUGUCCACGGACCCCGACAUCGACCCUGAGGAUGACCUGGCACUAGAACACACCUUCGAGGAGACCCAGGAUGCUAGGCUCUUCAUGAACAUCCCAGUUGGUUCCCCUCCCAAACAGCACAGCUUUGGAGGCCCCGAGGCACUGCUGACUAUCCCUCAGAUGGCCCCUGGGGUGGGGAGGUACUGUGGACCGUCUUACCUUGGUGUGUUGCUGACUGACAAACAGAACUGGGACUUGGAUCCAUUCUUACCUGACAACAGUGCUGCACUACAGAUACAACUUCAGUGUAGCCAUGAUGUGCUUGGACUGUCUGACUUCAGCUUCCAUGUGGAGGGAACGUAUGACAGGAUCUGGCAGGAUGCUGGAGGGACUGUUGUGUUUGAUGUGACUGUGAGGAACACAGGACUGGUGGACAUCAACACAGCUGACAACGGCACAGCAAAUUUCCAUCUUGUGCUGUACAGCUCUGCAGACCAGUUCCUGGACCAGAUGGACCUACAGGUGCCCAUCACUAAGAUGGAGGUGGAUGGGGACAUGCUGGCAUCAGGACUGGCUGCUGGGGACAACAUGACCUUUACUGGGGUCAGGGCUACCAUCCAACCAUCAGGGGACAUGUGUCAGCAGAGGUAUUUGCUUGUAUCCUGGCAUCGUGGCCCUGGACUAGAUGAGAAUCUCGUGGACGGAUUGAGGGAUAACGACUUCUCGGCAGCCAUUUUUGAUUGCCAGACAGACACUGUUGACAUCUCACCAGUAGAAGGUAGUUUUGAAGUGAACAGUCCACAGCUGUCCCCGGGUGGUGCAAAAUCAACCUUUUCACUGACAGCAGCGGUAACCCUGACAGGAAAUGCUCAGCUCACCACAGACCCCAUCUUCAACAUCAGUUUCUAUCUAUCCCAUGAUGCCUUGUGGAGUGCUGAUGACCUUGACAUAGAGUAUGACCUUGACGACCUUCCCUCCACCCUGUCAGCUGAUAUGACAGCAUCUGAACCUGAAUUUGUACUUGAUGGUACAGGGCUGGAGCUACCAGGAGGUAUGAGUACCCAGUACUGUGGUCUGUCCUACCUGAUUGCCAUCCUUGACUCACACAACAAAGUGGAAGAGAGGGAUGAGAACAACAAUGCCAUCUCCACUAAGAUCACGGUAUCAUGUCCUGAUGACAUCUACUCAGUGGAAGAAGCCAGACUGGAGGUACAGGACAUGUAUUAUGUGGAGGUCCCAGCACCCAUCGUCUUCUCUAUGGAUGUCUACAAUGUGUUUGCUCAGCAGGGCGCCAUGUUGAACAUGGACGUGGCCUUUGACCUGACCCCAGAACAGUUCCUGUUCUCCCCUGAGUGGCAGGAGGAGCAUGCUGAUGACCUUCACCACACCAUGACCCCCAAACGCUACACCAACGCAUCGGCCAUCAUAGAGAUCUCCGAGCUGGCGUGCCUGAGGCGGUUGGACCGCCUGUUCCUGGUUGUCCUGUCCAGAGCGGCCGGCAUGGACUGGAUCCUCUAUAACAACUGGGUGUCAGCUGAGAUCACCAUAGACUCUUCAAGCUGUACUGCUCCAGAUGCUGUAGACCUGAUGAUUGCAGACUUCGGAGUCCAGCCCUCGGACAGGCUGCUGCUGGGGGGACAGACAGAUCUGCAGCUGAACAUCGGUGUAGACAUCAUCAACUCAGGAGGCUGGCCAAGUGUUGAAGGGGAUGAGCCGCUGUUCAAUUACCAGGUCUUUGUUUCUCGGCGGGGCCACAAGCUGCAGCUCCCCACAGCAAUUCUGCCCAGUACUGCAGCUCACAUCAAUGAGGAAACUCUCUCUGACAGGACUAUCAAUCUUGGGAGCUACAUUGGGUGCUUCAAAGACAUGAAGCCUGGGCGGGCACUGAACAUCAUAGGCCUACUUCACAGUGCACUUACUGUGGGAGAAUGUAUCCAGGCUUGUGCAGCCCAUAGCACUUCUUAUGCAGGCUUGCAGAAUGGAGUGGAGUGCUUCUGUGGGGAGGAGUAUGACAGACAUGGGAGAGCCAUGGAGAGAGAGUGUGAUGACCCAUGUGGGGGGAACAAUAACCAGAUCUGUGGAGGAGACUACAGGCUCUCAGUGUAUACAACCACUCAAGGUGCUUCUAUCCAGUUGCCCAUGGAGGAGCUGAUGGGGUUCUGUGGCAUGUCCAACACAAUCUCUGUGGUGGUCGACCCCAACAACAACAUCCUGGAAACAAACAAACACAACAACAUCAUGUCUGUGGAGGACAUCUCUGUGAAUGGACAACAUGGGGACACAUCCUGCACAGAUGGGAUGGAUCUCCGUAUUGUGACCUUUGACCUGGUGGACACAGGGUUGAACAGCCAGGAUGUCCUGAGCACCUCACGGGUCGUCCCCUACAGCCUGAGGGUGGCAUUGUCCCUCGGGACAGACGUGUGGCUCCGGCCUUCUCUCUCGGACACCCACUUUGACUUUCAGUUCAUCGUAUCCCCAUCUGGAGACUAUUCAGAUCCAGACAACCUUGUCCUGGAUGUUGACUACACUGUGGAGCAGGAGUAUCUGCUGAAGGCAGCAUAUCCCAUACGCCAACUGCCCAAUGAGGGGUUCUACACUGAGCUGAACCUGGAUGGUGCCUUGUUCCUCAACCUUGCAAACUAUCCAGAGCUGAAGAGGUUCUGUGACACCAGUCCUUAUCUUGGUGUUUAUGUGGACUAUGAUGACAGGCUUGCUGAGGUCAACGACCUACAGAACAACAUGGCCUGGCAGCACAUCGCUCUCACCUGUCCUGAUGCAGGUCUUAGCAUCGAGAUGUUCCACAACCUGAGGACCCAGAAUGACAAGAUCUCAGCUGGUUUCCCCACACAACUCAACUUCACUGUCAGCAUCACCAACCUGGGUGGUACCAUUCCACAAGCCAGCAGAGGGGUGUCCAACAUUGCCCUGAAACUCCUUCUGUCAGACACAUUAGACAUGAGGUAUGCUGGGUUGGACACUGAUGGGGUGGGUGCACUUGAACUUGAGACAACCUUCAUCUUUAAGGAAGAGAACGAACCCUUGAGAAAGUCUGUCUGGCCAUCAGGAAGCACAAGGACAUUUACAGAUGUGUCAGCAACUAUGACCAUCCCCAUUGACAAGUGUCAGUCAGAGCUGUACCUGUGCUUGACCUAUGACACGGAGGCCAUGUUGGGACUGCAGGACUGGACCUCGGCAGACAACAUGAUGUGUGCUAAUGUCUCCACUGGGAGGAGCCCCGGAGUCUGGUGUGAUCUGGAUCUUGCCCUCGAGACAGGGUCCUUUACAGUCCAGCCACUAAAGACAGCCAGGGUGUAUGAAGACACCCUCACACCUGUGCUCAUCAAUGUCACCCUGCUGAACCAUGGGAGGCCACUGACCAAUGGGGUGGAGCAGCUGGAUUGGAAUGUGUACAUCUCUGACCAAUCAGAUAUCUUCCUGUCUAAUUUGAAUGGAGAGGGAGGAGCUAUCAUGUUUCCAUCCAGUGUUACCUAUGGACCAGAGAGUCACAACCUUCUUCAGGGUCUGGUGAACUCAGGUGCAGAACUUGCUUUGACAAACCUGGCUGCUCCAAUCAGUGUUCCACAUGAUGUUUGCGAAAUCACGACCUUCAUCUGCGUGGAAGUGACACUGAAGGGAGCAGACAACAGUCGACACAUAGACGCCACCCCCACGGACAAUGUGGUCUGUUCCGUCUGGCCACAUGACAUGCUGGCCUGCUCUGGAGACACCAUAGACCUGUACACCCGACUGUUGAACACGGGUGAUGGUGUGUUUGUGGAGGGAGAACCGCGCGACUACCAGCUGCUGCUGGCUGUGGAGCUGGCGGGGUCAGCGACCUUUGACUUCCACGUCACUCCCAUCGACAUAGAGCUGUACCUGUCACUGGACCAGGAAAUACACACUGAUCAGGAUAUAAAGAUUUCUCACAGCUUCGGCAGUCUGGGAGAAUCCGAGCUGAGAAGGAGGCUAGGUCCCGUCACCUUUGACCCCGAACAGGUCCCCACAAAGACAUCAGAAGAAACCAUUUUCCUGAACUUGGGGGGAGACAACUUGGUCAUCCCUCAACAGCCAGAUGGGUCCCAAUACUGUGGCUCAGUGUUUCUUGGAGUUGUCAUUGACACAAGUGAUCUGAUAUCAGAAAGGAGUGAACUGAACAACACUGCAGUAAUCCCCAUCACUGUAUUGUGUAAUGCAGAUGUGCUUAGUGUGUCGGACCUGGUGAUGUACCCACUACACGGACAGAUGGACAUCUGGCCUUACACUGACCUGCCUAUCACCUUCGAUGUAACUGUGCAGAAUGUUGCCGUGUCGCCAUUUGAGGCUGCGUCCCCCUGUCACGAGAACUUCCUGGUGAAACUGUACGCCAGUGAGACAGCAGACUUCAGCCCCCACACAGCCACCGAGCUCAGCCCUACCCAGGGGUGGCACUAUCCACCUGAUAUCUACAGGCCCCUGGGGAGUGGGGAGAAGAUGACACUGAAGGGUAUCAAGGGAUAUCUGAAUGGAAAGGCUUUCACCGACAUUGUGUGUGCUGCAACCUCCUACUGGAUUCUGAGGGUGGAGAAAGGCCCGAACAUUGGAGCAGAUGAGACCUCCCUGCACAACAACUACCUGACGUUGAACACACCAUUGCCUCUGCAAUGUGAUGGAAAACCAGAAGCGUACUAUGACAUCUCUGUGAAGAACUUUGGGCUGCCUGACAUCAUCAAUGCAGAUGGCAUGACAGAGUACACGAUGCAUCUGUCCCCACACUUCUCAGUGGGAGCCAUAGCAAACAAGUGGGACAUCAGGAAGGAGUUCAUCAGCUAUACCCUGUAUCUGUCUAAGGACCAGGUCUUGGAUGAUGGAGAUCUACAAGUUUUUACAUCCACUGAGAUUGUGAAUGUUACAGCCGGUAUGGAAGCUGACAUGGACUGGAGCAACCCUGCCCAGACGUUCCCAGUGCUGCAGGAUAGGUCCUUCUGUGGGCUGGUGUUUGCCAUUGUGAAGCUGGAUGACAGUAAUGAGAUCACAGAACCCCUGGAGAUGAACAACCUGGGCAGGCAACAGGUGUUUGUGCAGUGUGACGCAGAUUUGAUGGGAGUAUCCCGCCUACAGCUGUCCUCCACCCAGACCUACAUCCAGGAGACCGUUCCCACCCCAGUCAAUAUGUCUGUAGUACUGACUUGUCGCAGGAAGGAAGACUGCUUCCCAAAGGACAUGUCUGCAUUCCAGGUGUCAGUCAAGCUGUUGAUCAGCACAUCAGGGGACACAGAGGAAGAUGUCACCUUUGAGGAGAACUUCAGGAGCAUCACACAGUAUGACAGAGACCUUACUGGUUACUCUGCAGUGCUGAGGAUGGGAGGAGACCUGACCAUUGGUGACAGCAACUGUGCCACCGAAGACUCCCUGGCAGUGGAGGUGCUCAUGUCUGAAACAUCCGAUCCUGUCAUUGCCAACAACGUGGCCAGACAGACACUACCCUGGGCAGACUGCUGGAAUAAAAUGGAUGCCAUGGUUGACCUGAGUGUCGAAGACUUCAACCUGCUGGGAGGUAACACCAUACAGCAUGACAUGUCCACACCUGAUAACCAUUACCUGUACAAGGAGGGACAGAUGGUGGUGGGGAGUCAAGACCCUAUGAACCAGCCCAUCUACGUCCUGUUUCAAAUGAUGGUGCAGUUUACAGGCCCGUUGACACUACCUCCCAUGACGGCCGCUCGACCAGCAUACAACUUCUACUUCAGGUUCGUUCUGUCGGAGGACAUGGUCAUUGACGAGGAUGACCGGAUGCUGGACUACAACAUGUCCUUCCCCCAGGGGGAGGUGCUGAGGGGAAGGAUUGUGGAUGGGGACAUGUUGGACCUGUCUGAUAACAUGCAAGGAUUGCCCAUUCCUCCUGAUGCCUGUGGUCCCCAGUACCUGGCAGUGAUAGUGGACAGCAUGCAGCGGCAGGGUGUAGACUACCCUGGCAUGUACAGGGAAAAGCUGGAGGCCAACAAUGUCAGGAUGCAGAAAGUGUAUGUCAUGUGUCCUAAUGAUGUGUACAAAGUGAAGGCAUCAGGCUACCAUCCUGCACAACCUGUGGUUUGGAGGGACACCCCCACCCGUGUCACAGUGGACCUGACCAUCACCAAUAUAGGACCGGAGGAUAUCGACCAGGCUGAGCAGGACAAAACCAACUUUGACAUCAUGUUGGCCCUGUCUGCUGAUGCAACGUUGGAUGGUACUGACAUCCCUGUCAGUCUGCCUGGGCCCAGUCUGCCUGUUACCAAGAUUGGUAUGAAGAUGGGGCAGUCCCUUACCGUCCCCAUCAGUGCAGAGGUGAUGGUCCCACCAGAGGUGUGUGACAGGAUAAGGUUCCUGCUGGUGGGCGUGGUGGCUGACGAUGAUGUCAUGUCUAACAACUACGACUCUGUUGGGCUCAAGCUGAACUGUACUGCAGACUCUGUGGACCUGAAGGUGACCAGCCUGUCUGUAGAAGGUGACCUGACACCUGGGGAAACUCACAACUUCACUCUGUUGGCAGGGGUGGACCUGGCAGGAAGCAGGCAGCUAGAGGAAGAUUCCUUCAGGUACAAGUUGUGGCUGUCAGCUGAUGAAGAACUGGAUACAUCAGUUGAUGCAGACCUGGGAUACAGAAUACCCAAUGACAAACCUCUGUCAGCAGCACUUGAGGCAUCCACACAGAGCCUGGACUUGAGUGGCAGCUCUCUUGAUGGAUCUGGUCUGAGGCUUCCUGUGGGUCUUCACAAGUCCUACUGUGGGGAUGUCUACCUGAUAGCGGAAAUGGACCCAGAUAACAUGGUGGACGAGACUAAAGAAUCCAACAACUAUCAUGCUGAAAUGGUCAGGGUCGCCUGUAGUGGAGACAUAUUUGGAGUGUCGGAUGUUCAGUACUCCAUCCCUCAGCACAUGCUGUGGGAGGAGGUGGACACCCCCGUCAGCAUCACAGUGGUACUGUCCUGCCUGUGGGAGGGCUGCUCACGACUCUUCCCAGCCAGACGCGGGACCACAUAUUACGACAUGGACGUCCUUGUAACUGCUGAUCCUAUGGGUACUGAUGAGUUGGUACUGUCAGAGGUGAGGCUGACAUCGUCUGAUUGGAUUCUGAACCCCAGCAAUGGACUUGGUCCAGAUCUCAGGGACAACAAUGGGAUGGAGACUGUAACACUGACUGGAUCCAUCAGGAUCCCUAAGGAAGGCUGUCAGCGAUGGAAGUACCUUGGUGUGAGGGUGAUGAUGGGGACAAGUCCAUCCUUUGGAGGAGCAACAGAUUCCGUGCCAGAGAACGACCAGAGGUGGACUCCACUUAACCUUGCUUGUGAUCCCAGAGCUUAUGCUGAUCUGACUGUUGCUGGUUUGUCCCUGAGUUCCCUGGAGUACCGGGUGGGUGAUGUGGAACCACACACCUUCAGUCUGGACAUAGGAGUCAGGCAGAAGAACAUGCCACAGAUGCUGCAUCCAGACUGGAGCAGCGAGGACAAGAACUUUGAUGUUUCCUUCUAUUUGUCAGAUGAUGACAUUAUCACAAAAGACGACACCUUUGUGACCCAUGCACCUGAGAAGAACGUGAACUACCUGCUGCAGCAUGGUUACCUGGCUGAUGGCACCACCACCUCCCUACAGGGGCAGCUGGACAUCACACAGGAGCAGUUCCUGAAGUAUUGCAACCGCGAGGUAUAUCUGGGCAUUGUUGUGGACAGCAGGGACGAUGAUCCUCGAGGUGUAGUCAUUGGUCAGAUUGACGAAACUGCUGAACACAACAACUUUGGAACCACCAAGAUCAGAAUGGAAGGAUGCACCAGAAAUAUUGACCUGAAUGUGAAGGGCCUGCAUGUGACGGACAGCGGAGUGGUCAUCUCAGGCGAGCCCCUCCCCCUCUGGACAGCUGUGGAGGUCACCUCGUAUGACAGGGAUGACCUUCCCAUCAGGUCACGACCUGACCAGAACUACAACCUCACCUUCUUCCUAUCUAAGGACAUGACAUUUGACCCAAAGGAAGAUUUCAUUCUGGACUACGACACAUCUGGAUUCAGUUCCCUCCACUCAGCAGUUUCCUCCUCCAGAGGCAGAGCAACAGUCCUCACACACGUGUUCACAGACACAGACACCGCAGGGCCUCAUCUGUCAGUGCCAUCUAAGAAAUGGGUCUGCAACAAACACUGGUACAUUGGUGCAUAUGUCCAGUUAACAGAUGCUGUAGACCCAAAGGGUGAAAAGGACCUGUAUAAGGACAACAAUGCAGCUGUACAACACAUCUAUGUUUCUUGUAGAUUUGACCGCCUGUACCUGGACAAGCUGGACGUCCUGUACUUGCCUGAACGUUUCAGGGACAACUCCAACAACGAGAUCCACUUCAGAGCUACCAUAGCAGACAUGGGACAAUUCGGUGACCAGGAAACACCUCGGGCAUUGUCAGAGAACGACUUUAACCUGGUGCUCUACUUGUCCAAUGACACGACGCUGGACACAGCACGGGACACCCAACUUACAGUGCAGGACCACGACAGUGGCAGCCACCAGUCAGAAAUACUGGAGAAUGGAAGAGCAUACAAAACUGGGCUACUGAGAGGCCUGGUCCAUGUGCCGUCCUCCCUGUGUGACCCCCAGGCCCGCCCAUACCUGUUUGUGCUGAUCCGCCCAUCAGCACACCUGCUGGCGGGGUCCGACCUGACCAAUGACAAGACUGGAAUUCCCAUCAACGUCUACUGCGACUCGGAUUUUGUAGAUCUGGAGGUGUCUGACUUCCGACUGAUGGAUGACAACGUGCUCCAGUCCGGGGUUGCCAAGACCUUCUCGCUGGAGGUUCGGAUCACCAGCUCUGGCAGUGCCACCAUCCCUCCGGUCGGUCCGCAGUACCCAGAGAGAACCAGCUGGGACUACAGGUUCUACCUGUCACACGACAACAACAUCGACCCUGCAGAUGAUCUGUGGCUGGCCUACACCUUCAAGAAAGACGUCUUAGCCCUCCUGUUCUCCAAGACAAACAGCAGUUCCUUCUACCAGCUGGGAGCCAACGACCUCGUCAUCGACCAUGAACUGAGUCAUUACGAGCAGUACUGUGGGGAAGCCUACCUGGGUGUUGUGUUGUCUGAUAACAGAAAUGCGCAUGAUCCAGUGGAUCCAGAGCCAGCCAAUAACAUCAGGGCCAUUCCAAUCAGUCUACAAUGUCCUAAUGACAUCCUGGCUGUUGAUGUGUUUGAGCUGGGCGUGGUUCUACCCCAGGAACAUAUCUGGGCUGGAGUGGACACCUCAGUCAGGAUUAAUGCCACCAUCACUAACUAUGGCAACCAGCCAGUCAUCAGCCAGAAUGGGACCAAGAACUUCUAUCUACAGCUGUACCUGUCCCGUGACAAGUAUCUGGACUAUGAUGACUGGGCCGGGCUGGAGACGUACAUAAUCCUGUCAGAUGAAGGGAAGGACAAGCUGGCUCAGACCAUCCCUGUCGGUGGUGCCAUGACUCUGACAAACAUAGACAGCAUCCUGAGGGUGGACCCCAGAGCUUGUAGUGAAAAAUCCAGAUUCCUGAUCCUGGCCCUCCACUACACAGCAGUAGACCUGUAUGAUGACAGGGUUCCUGGCAAUGACUACAUAGCCAUCAAUGUGGAGGACAUCCUCUACUGCUCACCAGAAACAGCAGAACUUGCGAUCGAGUCUUUCAGCUUUAAUGACAAAGGGAAGGUGCAGCCUGGUGUGCCAGCUGGCUUCAGCCUUACUGUACAGGUUGACCUUGAAGAGAAAGUCCUGGACAGCCGACCAGUGUUCUCCCUCCUGCUGUACCUGUCUGAGGAUGACCAGCUGGACAGGACAGACUAUGAGCUGCCCUACAACAGUGACCAGCAGCUGUACCUACUGAACUAUGACUCUGUGUACCAGUCACAGCUCAUGGACUUCAGCACAGAGGAGAACUCUCUGGUCAUCCCAAAGGGAGUUAGCCCCAGGUUCUGUGGUGCUGCACACAUCAUCGCUGUGGUUGAUGUGGUGAACAGCAUCCCUGAACUGGUGGAGGAAAACAACCUCAAGGCUGCACCCAUCCUCCUGCAGUGUGUUGGAGGUGAGCUCCAGAACUCUGCCAUCAAAAUAGUUCAUUGA